AUGCAAAUCUAUCCUGACGUACUACAAUUACGUUAUCAAUUGGAAAGUAAUCUACUAAUGUAUAUACCGAAUGAUGAAUAUCUUAUUAUUUUACUUGAUUCAAUUGAUCAACUCGAAACAGACGCAUACGAUUGUCAAUGGUUACCUGCAUUAUUUCCAAAAAAUGUCAAAUGUAUUGUAUCAGCAAUACCUGAUCAUGGUAAUAUUUUAGCGAAUUUAAAAGGAAUUAUCAAUUAUAAUCCAUUUUUGUCAAAUGAUACAGAACAUUUACUUGUAAAUGUACCACCUUUUGAAGCAUCAACAGUAGAUAUAGUCUAUAAUGAUUGGCUUUCAAUGAAACAACGUUCAUUAAGCGAUGAGCAACGUUCAUUUAUUCGUGAUUUAAUGAAAGAACGAACUGAAAUUCUACCUUUAUAUAUGAAACUUGUGUUUGAUAUUAUUUUAACUUGGCAUUCUUAUGAUCUUAUCGAUUUUGAAUUACGAAAAUUAAAGAAUGUUGAUGAUUGUAUUCGUUAUCUUUUUAAUCAUCUAACAAAAAUUCACAAUAAUAUUUUAUUUCGUCGUGCUAUAUGUUAUAUGACAGCAUGUCGCAAUGGUAUUAGUCAAAAUGAACUUGAAGAUGUACUUUCACUUGAUGAUGAUGUUCUUAAAAGUGUUUUUCAACAUUAUAUACCACCUAUUCGACGUUUACCUGGUAUUUUAUGGACAAGAAUUCGAAAUGAUUUAGACGAAUAUAUUACAGAAAAAGAAGUUGAUGAUUCCUCAGUUAUCUAUUGGUAUGAUUAA